AUGCAGAAGAAAUUAUUUUUUGUGCUGUCACUGACAUCGAUUUUUUGCUGCACCGAUUCGUUGCCGGUCGACUUGGGGUCGCUGGAGUUCGACAAUCUUGACACCGAUAUAUCGCAGCUGAAGUACGAAGUUCACAACGGAGAUUUGGAUGACUUUUUCAAGUCUUCCGAAAAGGAAGACGAUAAAAAGUCUGAAAAUAAUUCUAAAAGUAAAAUUAACGUAUCAGAAUUCAAGAAGAAAAAGUCCGACUCCAAAGUUGGUAAGGUGAAAUUCGACAUCGAGGAUUUGAAAAAGUUUCUCAAACAGGCCGGCCUGCACGAUGUCGGAGCUUACGACGACGGUGCCGUCUAUGCUAUCGCGAAAGCUUUAUCAAAAUCGGGCGUCGGCAUAAAGGGAAACGAAGAGAGAAAAUACAAAAAAGGCACGAAGACCAAAGGAUUUCAUAAAAUUUCUCACAAAGACGAGUACAACAAAGAUAAAGAAUUUUAUGAAGAAGACGAGACGAGUGGGGUGAUACAGAAGGUAGGUGCGAAAGGUAUAGGAUUCGAUAUCGGCGCCGGGGCAGGAAUAAAAAAGGGCUACUUCCAUCACGACCGUGAAAAGGGAUUAUUUGGCAAAGAAGGAUUCAAGGACAAAGGAAAAUUGGAAAAGGAAUUCGAGGGAUCCAGUGAUUCGCAGGGAUUUGACGCUUAUUUCAGCAGUGAAUAA